UUCUGGUAAAUCGAAAGUAAAACGAAAGUAACUUUGAAUGAUCCACAGUAACACAGAAAACCACCAUAGUUCGCUUAUUCAAGAGAUUUUCUUAAUCACGAUGUCCGAUGAGAAGAGGUAUGAGGAGUCGGACAGAAACCUUGGCAUCAAGCUAGUGCAAAAGAUCAGCGAUAUCGACCCCUGUGAUGAUGAAGCUGGUGUUUUAAGAGCUGUAUUAUCCUGUGGUCACGUCACUGGUCCACAAACACUGACCGACUACUGCAGAGUUCAGCUGACUGAUGGUAAACCGGAGCUGAGAUGUCCUGAGUGUAAACAGCAGUGGUCUUACACUGAAGUGCGUACAUUAGCCAAACUCACAGCUGAAGAACAGCUUUACUUUGAGGAGAAACUGGCCAACAACUCCACUAGAACCACCAUCGACAUCAAGAACUGUCCGGGCUGCGAUUAUGUGCUUGAGAGAUCAGAUCCAGCUAAUCUCAGUGUUCAGUGCACCGUCUGCUCUGCGAGAAACAACAAGACCUUCGAGUUCUGCUGGCAGUGUCUGAGAGAGUGGAAAGGCAAGCGUCCUCGAUCUGACCGAUGUGACAAUGAAGGAUGCACAAACAAUGAUCUGGAAAUGCUCCGAGAAUGUAAAACUAUCAUUUUAAAAGAUGCUGCAAACAUUGAAUGUCCUGCUGUUCGUGCUUGUCCAACAUGUGGUUUACUGCUUAACCAUAAUACACAGAAAUGUAAAAACAUUGUAUGCUCUAGAUGUAAAAAGGAGUUUUGUUUUGCGUGUCUGAAGCUCACACCUGACUGUCGGAAGACCAGUAACUACUUCAAGCCCUGUUCAGACGGUGUGGCUCCACGACAGACUUCAAUUCCACUUUGGAGAGAAAAACAAUAAAUUGAAAAUGAAAUGCCA